AUGCCCCGAAACACGCUGACCCUUGACCCUGCGAUGCCCACCGAGCUGCUGAAAGACACCAUGACGAUCCCCGGAGCUCCAGAGAGAAUCCUGCAAGAGAAAACCAACAACAACGAGCCUCCUCAACUGCAGCCGCUGGCCAUCACCAUCGCCCUGGUCAACGAGGGGCAGCUGACGGCAGCCACCGGCGGAGCAGAGCUGUCCUGUUACCGCUGCACCGUGCCCUUCGGAGUGGUGGUCCUGAUCGCAGGGAUCGUAGUGACGGCUGUGGCGUACAGCUUCAACUCUCACGGCUCAACCAUAUCUUACUUCGGACUGGUGCUGCUCUCGGCCGGCCUGGUGCUGCUCGCCCUGAGCGCCGUUUGCUGGAAGGUGCGGAUGGAGAGAAAGAAAGAGAGAAGACGCGAGAGUCAGACGGCACUGGUCGCCCAUCAGAGGAGCAUCUUAGCCUGAUUCCACACAAGCAUGAACUCAGAAACCUUAA